CCUUUCAUCCGUAAACUUUAUUCUGUCUACGUUUUUGCUAAGGGGCCCGAUAUGGCAAAGCGGACACACCUCCGCGCUCCCGCUGUGUUUAAAAGUGGCACUAAUGCGCGUUCACACGCUUUGACGGCAUCAGCAGGUUGCUCUUUAAUAACUUGCAGAAAUGGGGAACUGCAUGCACGGCAUCUGCGACCGACCCAAGAACACGAAUGUGAGAUUUAGUUUACCUGCCGUGUGUUUGGUCUGGCAACUGGCUAUGAUCGUUUUGUUUGGGGUCUUUGUGCGGUAUAAUGAAGAGGCAGACACUCACUGGGUCGAUUUCAAAGAAAAGAAUAAUAUCACGAGUGAUAUUGAGAAUGACUUCUACUUCAGAUACCCCAGUUUUCAAGAUGUACAUGUCAUGAUCUUCGUCGGCUUUGGGUUCCUCAUGACCUUCUUGAAGCGCUACGGAUUCAGUUCCGUGGGAUUCAAUUUCCUGAUUGCGGCGUUCGGCAUCCAGUGGGCCCUUCUGAUGCAAGGCUGGUUUCAUUCUCUGGAUUACACCGAUGGAAAGAUCAAGAUCGGCAUAGAAAACCUUAUCAAUGCAGAUUUCUGUGUGGCGAGUUGUCUGAUAGCUUACGGUGCCGUCCUGGGAAAGGUCAGUCCGGUUCAGCUGCUGGUGAUGACCCUUUUUGGCAUCACGCUGUUCGCUAUUGAAGAGUUCAUCAUCCUCAAUAUUCUUCAUGCUAAAGAUGCUGGUGGCUCUAUGGUGAUCCACACGUUUGGAGCUUAUUUCGGUCUGUCCAUAUCAUGGGUUCUGUAUCGGCCGGACUUGGAUAAGAGCAAACAGUUGAACGGUUCGGUCUACCACUCGGACCUCUUUGCCAUGAUCGGCACUCUGUUCCUGUGGAUGUUCUGGCCCAGUUUCAAUUCUGCCAUUGCUGAUCAUGGAGACGGUCAGCACAGAGCGGCCAUCAACACAUACCUGGCUCUGGCCUCCACAGUCCUGACCACAGUCGCAAUGUCCAGCCUGUUCGAGAAAACAGGAAAACUAGACAUGGUUCACAUCCAGAAUUCCACACUGGCUGGAGGAGUUGCCGUAGGAACGGCAGCUGAAUUUAUGUUGUCCCCAUAUGGUUCUUUGAUCGUGGGUUUCAUUUGUGGAGUUAUAUCAACAUUGGGCUACAUUUAUAUAUCUCCAUUCUUGGAGAAGAGACUGAAGAUUCAAGACACCUGUGGCAUUCAUAACCUGCACGCCAUGCCAGGGGUCAUCGGAGGAAUUGUGGGUGCCGUCUCAGCCGCCACUGCCAGCGAGAAAGUUUAUGGGGCAUUAGGCUUGAAAAAUACAUUUGACUUCUUUGGAGAUUUUGAAAAGCGAGUUCCCACCGUCCAAGGAGGAUUUCAGGCAGCCGCGCUUGGUGUGGCCUUGUUGUUUGGAGUAGGAGGCGGCAUUUUUGUUGGCUGUAUUCUGAAGUUGCCCAUGUGGGGUGAUCCAGCAGAUGAGAACUGCUUUGAUGAUGAGUGCUACUGGGAGGUUCCUGAGGAUGAGGAAAGCGCUCCUUUGACUUACACCAAUCACAUGAUCCCAAACAAACAUGCGGACAUGACAGAGACGAAUUUCGUGGAGCAGCGUUAACACAAAACAACACGUGUGCAGUGUUGUGAUCUGUGUCAAUGGCAAUUAUUUCAUGCUGCUUUUCUCUGUUAACAACCAUUCAGCCAAACCUAAAAUGAAAUGGACAUUUCCUUUUGGCUUUUAUGAUGGACAAAUCUGGCAGAAUACAUGGAGAUGCAUUUCAUUUCAUAUUAUAUCCAAAAUGUCUCACAACUGUCUUAAUAUAUUUGUAUGUCACAUUUUUGACCAGUCAAGUGAAUGUGAAACUAGAUUUACCAAUUUCUUUUAAACACAGAUUUGAUGAUCAACAAGAACUUUUAAACCUCCUAGUAGAUAAAUUUUCAUUUAAACUAGAGUAGAAAUCAAUGAAUUUUACAUGUGUAAAUUUAAUAUUUGAUCGGUUGAUCGUAAUGUAAUUGUUUUAAAUGUUAGAGUCUUUGUUUUUCUUACAUCAGCAACCGCGCAUUGUGUUCAGCAAAGGAUACAAGCAUUCAAACAAAAGCAAAACUCUGUAAUGUUUUGUUUACAGAUCUUUUUUCUCCUAUAUCAUUUGAAUUGCUUUCAUGUUAAUCAGCAUGUAUGCAUACAUCAACAUAUGUAAUUGUUUCUAUAUUUUAAAAUUUUCUUCUGUAUUGUAUCAUACUCGUUUGUUGAUCCGUAUUGUAAG